AACUCACUGCACGAACCUUAAUCACUGCAUAUUUCAGGAACUCACUCUCUAGCUUUCCCAAUAAUAUCUCCCCCAUUCUCAGUGGAAUAAUUCAAAUAUCUCUCUCCCUACUACAUAUCUCAUUAUUUUGGGUGGUACAUAUCUCCUGCUGGUGCUUUCUACCCUAAUGAUUGUAUUAUUUGACCUUCUAUUUUAGCGAAGCCAAUUCUCCAAAAGGAGGGAAGAAGUUGAGGUUGAAAUACGAAGUGGGGUUGUUGGUCUGUCUGUUGAUGACAAUUAUAUGUACUAUUCGUACAUUGAAUGGCUCACUAAAAAUGAGGGGGAAAAAUGGUUUCUGCGCAAAUGUGAACACAAUGGGAAUUUUGUUUACGAUGUAUCCUUACCGGAAUUUGUUCGUGGAAUUGGAGAGGAUAAGUAUGGUUUUCUGUACGUCUUAUGUUCUGGUACCAAUUCAAAAGUUUUAAAGUUUGACCAAGAACUGAACCCAGUGAGAAAAACAAAUAGGAGCUGUGCAGAACAUUUUGGUGUGGCAUAUGGAAUUUUGGUAACUGAUGAACAUGUUUUUGUUUGCGCACGCGUUAACCAAAAG